AGGCAAAAAAAAAAAAAGCGCAUUUCCCUGCUGGUCUGGGUAAAUGUUUAAUCCCCAGCUCGGAGAAAAAGCAGCUCAAAAGUGCUUUUUUUCUCAGCAAGCCUGAACCAGUCAGCCUGGUGCCUCCUCCCUCCGGCUCACACCCUCCCUCCCACCGCUCCGGAGGAACAUCCCAGCCUGCUCCAAGGUGCAGCUGGGCACCCAGGGCAGGAGGGAGCCAGGCCGGAGUGGUGUCGACACCCACGGGGCCGGGGGGUCUGCAGGGCCCCUUGCAGGCAGCGGCGGGACGGUGCUGUGCCUGGGCCAGGCAGCGCUGGCUCCCACGCUCCCUCUUGCCUGAGCUGCUCCAGCAGCUGAAGCGCCCGGGAUGGGGUCCCCGCACUGGAAACGGCUCUGCCUUUUGCUCCUGGCAGGUUUGACAUCCUCCCUGCUCUUCUAUGGUCACUACUAUGCUACGGUGGAGUCACCCACCAGCCGGAGGAUCACAGCCAGUUUGAUCCAGCCUGAGCCGCUGGCCUGGCCCCACCGGGGGACUCCCGGCGGAGCCGGCAGCCGCAGAUGGGCCCUUGAAGGUGGCUUAGAGAGCGGGAAGUCCUUCAAGCCUUCUGCCAAGCUGGAGGAGCCCAAGCCCAGCAGAAAGCAGUUGAGCACGUGCCUCCGCUCAGUGAUGGCCAGAGCAAAGGCAGACCCCAAAUUUAGGGACAUCUUCCGCUUUGACACCCCUGUGCUGAUGUGGGACCAGCACUUCACCCCAGAGACCUGGGACAGGCUGAAGACACGACACGUCCCCUAUGGCUGGCAAGGCUUGUCCCACACAGCGGUGGGCAGCACCCUCCGGCUCCUCAAUGCCUCCGCCAACAGGCACCUCUUCAGCAGGGACACCUUCCCCGGGGGCUGCGUCCGCUGUGCCGUGGUGGGCAACGGCGGCAUCCUCAAUGGCUCGCAGCAGGGCAAGGUGAUCGACGCUCAUGACCUGGUCUUCAGGCUCAAUGGUGCCGUGAUCAAAGGCUUUGAGGAGGAUGUCGGGACCAAGAUCUCCUUCUACGGCUUCACGGUGAACACCAUGAAGAACUCCCUCAUCGCCUACGAGGACUAUGGCUUCAGCCAGAUACCCCAGGCCAAGGACCUGAGGUACAUCUUCAUCCCCUCAGACAUCCGUGACUACGUGAUGCUGAAGUCGGCCAUCCAGGGCAGCCCAGUCCCCGAGGGCUCGGACAAGGGAGACGAGCCACAGAAAUAUUUUGGACCAGAGGCAUCUGCAGAGAAGUUCAAGCUGCUGCACCCUGAUUUCUUGCAGUACCUGACGACGAGGUUCCUGCGGUCGGAGCUCCUGAACACGCAGUACGGUUCGCUCUACAUGCCCAGCACCGGUGCUCUCAUGCUCCUCACCGCGCUCCACACCUGCGAUCAGGUCAGUGCCUACGGGUUCAUCACCGCCAACUACGAGCAGUUCUCAGAUCACUACUACGAGCCGGAGAAGAAACCACUGGUGUUUUAUGCCAACCAUGACAUGAUGCUGGAGGCAGCACUGUGGAGGAGCCUGCACCGAGCAGGGAUCAUGACCCUCUACCAGCGGUGAGGCCAGGCGGUGGUCCACAGUGGCAAGUCCAAAGACUCCUGUGGCUCUUCUCUUUCCUAAAGGCCACCAUCUCCCUCCCGAGGGCUCUCCCCGGCCGCCAGCCCAAGGAGCAGACCCUCCGCACCGCAGCCGGCGGUGGUGGUGGUGGUAAGGGGCAAGCUGGUGCUCCUAUAGGGAAAUGCUGCCUUUCCUCAGGGAUCUCCAGCAAUUUGUUUCAUGGUUCAGCGUGAUUGAAUGUGGCCUUCAGGGCACCAAGAAGCACCAC